AUGUUCAAGAAAAGGGUGCUCAAAGAUCCUACCAGUAGCUCUAAGAGAAAGACAACUGAUUUGGGAAAUGAUGACCAGGUAGAUUCUCUUCCAAAAGAGAAGCUUGGCAUCUACAAACGAUCAAAAUUGACAUACCCCACCACAAGCACGUCAUCGUCCUCAAAGACACCCGUCCUCGCAUCAACGACAGCAUCGCUGCUACUAAAGAACUCAAAAAAUGAUGAGAAACAAGAGCCUUUCCAGCAACCUGUGACAAAACCAUCAACCAUAAAGCCUGUGCCUGAGAGUAUCAAUAUUACAACAUUUAUGGACUUCCAGCCUGACGUAUGCAAAGAUUUCCAGCAAACAGGGUACUGCGGAUACGGCGACACAUGCAAAUUUCUUCACGUACGAGAUGAAUCUAGGCAAAAGAAACCAAUAAGGAAAGAUUGGGAAGACAUUGUCGUGAACGGUAAGCAAGGAAAGAAAGAUCGGCAGAUGAACGAUACCACCACCACCACAGCCACGCCGUUCAAAUGCAUACUAUGUAAGAAAGACUACCAGAGUCCAAUCAAGACUCAAUGUGGCCAUUUAUUUUGCCAAUCUUGCUUUUUGAAUCGUUAUAAAGUACAAAAAAAAUCUGGUUGUGCUAUAUGCAACAAAGAUGUUGAGGGUGUGAUGAUCCCAGUGUCCAAAGAGGAGUUGAAUGUGUUGAUUGGCUCAACAUAA